UCAGCGAAUCGUUUACGCUGAAAGACGCGAAGCGGUCGGAACUAUCGAUUUCUAUUUUUUUGACUAUAGUCAUUUUUUAUUAAUAAUACUCAAAAUUAAAUGCUAGUCAUUAGCCGAUAACCCAAAAACCAUAAAAAGAUUAUAUGCAAGAACCUUUGGAAGUCCAGAUAAAACCAGACGGACAACAAUAAACAGUCGAGCCAAAUUUCAGCGAGCCACAUGGGAACUUUAUCACUGAACGAUUACGAAGAUGUUCGCAUCUGGGCUCCUUGGGGUCAUAUUUCGGGUCGCUGGUAUGGCAAUCGAUCGGAUCGACCCAUUCUGGCUAUCCACGGCUGGCUGGAUAAUCUUGGCACCUUUGAUACACUGAUACCCUUGCUGCCUGACUAUCUGGGUGUGCUCUGCAUCGAUCUGCCUGGACAUGGUUGCUCCUCUCGAGUGCCAUCGGGUAUACGCUACAACACAGCUGAGUAUAUCCUCAUCAUAACAAGGGUCAUGAAGGAGUACAAAUGGACAAAGGUGUCAUUGAUGGGUCACUCGCUGGGCGGCGUCUUGAGCUUCCUUUACACAGCACUUGCACCACACACUGUCGACCUAGUCAUCUUGUUGGACAUUGAGAAGCCACCUAUCGACACAACUGGCCGUAUGGAUUAUUUCGCUAAUAUUAUCGAUAAAACCCUGGUGGAGGAGGAGCGUGCUGAAGAGGGUUCAAUGCAUGAGCCACCUUCCUACACGCUGUCACAGCUGCGUAGUGUUCUGAGCAAGGGUAGCCACGACUCGGUGCCGCCAGAGUUUGCUCAGCAUUUGCUCUAUCGUAGCGUGGCCAAGUCGCAGCUAUAUCCGGAAAGAUUCUAUUUUUCAAGGGAUGGCCGCACCAAGUACUACACACCUCUUCCAGCAACUGCAGGCCUUAUUGCUGAACUAGCGGGUCGCAUUAAGAACAAGCCCUACCUCAUUAUCAAAGCCUCGGAAUCCCACUUCAUAGACUCCGAAGACAACGAGGUUAUUUCUAUUCUAAAAAAUCAAAAUCCACACUUUGAAUAUCACGAAGUUUCCGGCAGACAUCAUGCGCAUCUUACCAAUGCCAAAGAAUGCGCCCAAUAUAUAGUUCCCUUUCUGAGAAGAUACCGACCGCCAACUGUGUCCAGCUGGUCGCUAAGUGGCGAGGAGCAGAAACUGAGCCAAAGGGAGCAUCAAAAGGUGCAGGAGAGAUUCUUUGCCAGAAACAUAAAACGUUUUAACAAAUUGUAACAUAAAGUCGAGAAAAAUCAACAUAAAUACUACAAGAUCAUACCGCACAGUAAUAUAAAUUCCAUAUGUGCAUAUCGUUUUUAAAUAAAAUCUAGUACGCGCCCUAAAAAGAGUAUUCAGAU